AUGAGAAACGUAAUGAUCUCAGCGAUCUGCAUUGGGUUGCUGGCAUGCUACGCCGAAGCCAACGCCGUCUUUGCCCAUUUCAUGGUUGGUAACACUGCACACUAUACCCAGGGCACCUGGGAAACCGAAAUGAGCCUUGCCCAGGGCUCCCGCAUCGAUGCAUUUGCGCUCAACGUCGCGGCAGCAGAGUCUAUGAACGAGGACCAGAUUGGUUUUGCCUUCAAGGCAGCACAGGCUCGAGGGUUCAAGUUGCUGUUUUCCUUCGACUGUGCCGGUGGUAGGGAGGGUGGGUGGACGCCAGCGGAGGUGCUUGCCCUUCUUCGCACCUACGGCACUCAAGGCGCAUCAAGCACAACAACUUGCCUCUAG